AUGUCAGAUGAUAUAUUAUUUGAAUCAAAGAAUUAUUUCUAUUUAGGGAAUUAUCAAUCAACAAUUAAUGAAAUUAAUAAAAAGAGUAGACAAAUUAUAGAGAAAUCAUUGAAAGCAGAAUCAGAUUAUUUCUUAUAUCGUUGUUAUAUCGCUCAAGGUAAUUAUGAUUUAGUUUUACAAGAGACUAAAAACAAUAGAGGAUCAGGUGAAGAUCCAACAAUUGCAGGAUUACAAUUGUUAGCAUCAUAUCUAUCGAAACCAGAUGAAAAUCGUGAAGGUACUCUAAUUACAAUCACUCAAUGGAUAAGUGAUGGUGUUGUUAAAUUCAAUUAUCAUCUUCAAGUCAUCAUUGCAACCAUAUAUUUCAAUGAACAAUUAUACGAUGAAGCAUUACAAAUCUUAAAUAAUUGUGAUCAUAUCGAAGGUUUAUCAAUGUUAAUUCAAAUAUUUUUAAAAAUUGAUCGUUUAGAUCUCGCUCAAAAAGCUUACGAUACUAUGAAAAAAAUCAUUGAUCCAGAUGCAACACCUGCUUUAUUAUCAUUAGCUUGGAUUAAUAUUUAUAAUGGUGAAGAAAAAUUAAAAUCAGCACUUUCAAGUUUUGAAGAAAUGGCAGAAAGAUAUGGUCCAACACCAUUAUUAUUAAAUGGUCAAGCUGUAUGUGCAAUUGGAAUGAAAAGAUUUGAAAAAGCAGAAUCAUUAUUAUUGGAAUCAAUUGAAAAGAAUCCAAAGAAUUCUGAUACUCUUGCAAAUCUUAUCAAUUGUUAUAUUAAUAUGAAAAAACCAAAUGAAAUCAUUCAAAGAUUUAUAAAUCAACUUAAAACUUUAUCACCAAAACAUGAUUGGACAUCAGCAGUUAAUGAAGCUGAAGCUUUAUUUGAAGUUUCUAAAUCAAGAUUUAAUUAA